UUCGCGGUUUCCAUCCGCUCGGCCAUGGCGGCACAUAAACCAGUGGAAUGGGUUCAGGCCGUGAUAAACAGAUUCGACGAGCAGCUUCCUGUUAAAACGGGACAUCAGAACAACCACACCAAAGUCAGCACAGAGCACAACAAGGAAUGUCUCAUCAACAUCUCUAAGUACAAGUUCUCCCUCGUCAUCAGUGGCCUCACCAACAUACUAAAAAAUGUGAACAAUAUGCGGAUAUUCGGGGAAGCUGCUGAGAAGAACCUCUACCUCUCCCAGCUGAUUAUCCUGGACACACUGGAGAAGUGCCUGGCAUCGCAAUCAAAGGACUGCCUGCGUCUGGACGAGACCAUGCUGGUGAAGCAGCUGUUGCCAGAGAUCUGUCACUUCAUCCACAUGUACCGCGAGGGCCACCAGCAUGCUGCUGAGCUCCGGGCCUCUGCCUCAGGGGUCCUCUUCUCCCUGAGCUGCAACAACUUCAAUGCUGUUUUCAGCCGCAUCUCCACCAGGUUGCAAGAGCUGACAGUCUGCUCAGAAGAUACUGUGGAUGUGCAUGAUAUAGAGCUCAUGCAGUACAUCAACGUGGACUGCGCCAAACUUAAAAGACUGCUCCAAGAAACGGUAUUAAAAUUCAAAGCCCUGAAGAAACCUGCCCAACUUGCCGUCAUUAACAGUUUGGAAAAGGCCUUCUGGAACUGGGUGGAGAACUACCCUGAUGAGUUUACCAUGCUCUACCAGAGACCACAGACAGACAUGGCAGAUGCUGCGGAGAGGCUGUUUGACCUGGUGGACAGCUUUGCUGAGAGUGCCAAGAGGAAGGCAGCGGUGUGGCCUCUACAGAUCAUCCUCCUCAUCCUCUGUCCCGAGAUCACACACAUCAUCUCCCGAGAGGUGGUGGAGGAGAGCAAGGCCAACAAAAAGCUGUUCCUGGAGAGCUUGAGGAAGGCCCUAGCAGGCCAGGGGGGCAGCAAGCAACUAACAGAGAGUGCAGCCAUCGCCUGUGUCAAACUGUGCAAGGCCUCCACCUACAUCAACUGGGAGGACCACUCGGGCAUCUUCCUCUUGGUGCAGUCCAUCGUGGUGGACCUCAAGGCCCUGCUCUUCAACCCCACCAAGCCCUUCUCUCGCGGGGCAGGCAGCCAGAACGCAGACGUGGACCUCAUGAUCGACUGUUUCGUCUCCUGUUUCCGUAUCAACCCUCAUAACAAUCAGCACUUUAAGGUCUGUUUGGCCUCCGCCUCCCCCUCUACCUUUCACUUUGUCCUGGUCAACUCCCUGCACAAAAUCAUCACCAAUUCUGAUCUGGACUGGUGGCCUAAGAUUGAUGCAGUGUACUGCUACUCUGGAGAGCUGCGACUAAUGUUCUCAGACACUUUGAGCCGAGUGAUGCAAGACCUUCACACACACGCCCCACUACGUAUGACGCCGAGUCUGUCAUUUAAAGAGAAGAUGACCACCAGCCUUAAGUUCAAAGAGAAAACCACAGACCUGGAUACACGCAGCUACAAGUGCCUCCUCCUCGCCCUGGUCAAACUCAUCCACGCUGACCCCAAACUCAUGCUGCACAACCCAGGGAAGCAGGCUCUGGAGACCCAGAGCAGCACAGCAGAGCUGAUCGCAGGCCUGGUGCAGCUGGUGCCCUUGGCCAAUACAGCCCAGCUUUCCCAGGAAGCCAUGGAGGCUCUGCUGGUGCUGCACCUGCCUGAGACCAUUGAGCUGUGGAACCCUGAGGCCCCCAUUGAAACCUUCUGGGACAUCAGCUCCCUGGUUCUCUUCCUGAUCUGUAAGAAGCUGAUUGGUCACCAGAUGGUGAACAGUACAGAGGUGUUGAAGUGGCUGAGGGAGAUCCUUAUCUGCAGGAACAAGUUCCUCCUAAAGAACAAGGAGUGUGCCACGCAGGGCAGUGGAAUCCCCAUCUGCAGACAGGCCCAGACCAAACUGGAGGUGUGUUUAUACAUGUUUCUGUGGAGCCCUGACACUGAGGCCGUGCUGGUGGCCAUGUCCUGCUUCAGACACCUGUGUGAGGAGGCUGACAUCCGCUGUUCCGCUGACGAGGGGCUCGUCCAGAACAUCCUGCCCAACUACGCCACCUUCACAGAGUUCGCCUCCGUCAGCAACAUAAUGGCCACUGGACGCUCCACCCUGCAGAAGAGAGUGAUGGCCUUGUUGAGAAGGAUAGAGCACCCCACUGCAGGAAACACUGAGGCGUGGGAGGACACGCAUGCAAAAUGGGAGCAGGACACCAAACAGAUAUUGAACUUUCCCAAAAACAAGGUGGAGGAUGGUCAGGAGUGGAUCAACAUGACAGGCUUCCUGUGUGCUCUGGGCGGGGUGUGUCUGUCCCAGCACAACAAGCCCUGUGGCCCCACUACCUACAGCCCCCCCAUGGGCCCCAUGAGCGAACGCAAAUACUCUAUGGUCUCUGUGGGCGUCUGUGAGGUCUCCAACGCUGCAGCUGGAGCCUCAGCCACCUGCUCCUCCUCUUCCUCCACUGAAACCCCCCUGGGCAGGUUCCUGGACCGCCUGCUGGUCCUGCUGGUAUGUGGUCAUGAGAGGGUGGGUCUGCACGUCCGCACCAAUGUCAAGGAGCUGCUGGGGCUGGAGCUCAGCCCGGUCCUCUACCACAUGCUCUUCAACAAGCUCAGGAACAGCAUCGGACGCUUCUUCGACACACAGGGGCCGGUCCCCAUCAAUGACACUAACACCCAGUUUGUGGAGCAGACCAUUGCCAUCAUGAAGAACCUACUGGAUAACCAUGCUGAGGGCAGCUCAGAGCACCUGGGACAGGCCAGCAUAGAGACCAUGAUGCUCAACCUGGUCAGGUACGUGCGUGUCUUAGGCAACACGUUGCAUGCCAUCCAGAUGAAAACCAAGCUGUGCCAGCUGGUGGAGGUGAUGAUGGAGAGACGAGACGACCUGUCCUUCUGCCAGGAGAUGAAGUUCAGGAACAAGAUGGUGGAGUACCUGACAGACUGGGUGAUGGGCACCUCCAACCAGGCUGCUGAUGACGAUAUCAAGUGUCUGACCAGAGACCUGGACCAGGCCAGUAUGGAGGCGGUGGUGUCUCUAUUAGCUGGCCUGCCUCUACAGCCAGAGGAGGGAGACGGGGUGGAGCUGAUGGAGGCCAAGUCCCAGCUCUUCCUCAAGUACUUUACCCUGUUCAUGAACCUGCUGAAUGACUGCAGUGAGGUGGAGGAUGAUGGCCAGCCGGUGGUUGGGAGGAAGAGGGGCAUGUCUCGACGCCUGGCCUCCCUCAGACACUGUACUGUCCUGGCCAUGUCCAACCUCCUCAACGCCAACGUGGACAGCGGACUCAUGCACUCUAUCGGUCUGGGCUACCAUAAGGACCUGCAGACACGGGCCACCUUCAUGGAGGUUCUGACUAAGAUCCUCCAGCAGGGGACAGAGUUUGACACACUGGCAGAGACGGUGCUGGCAGACCGCUUCGAAAGGCUUGUGGAGCUGGUCACCAUGAUGGGAGACCAGGGAGAGCUGCCCAUCGCCAUGGCACUGGCCAAUGUGGUGCCAGGAUCCCAAUGGGACGAGCUGGCCCGUGUGUUGGUGACACUGUUUGACUCUCGCCACCUGCUGUAUCAGCUGCUGUGGAACAUGUUCUCUAAGGAGGUGGAGCUGGCUGACUCCAUGCAGACUCUCUUCAGAGGCAACAGUCUGGCCAGUAAAAUCAUGACCUUCUGUUUCAAGGUUUACGGGGUGGCGUACCUACAGAAGCUCCUGGAGCCUCUACUUAAAGGGGUCGUCACCACCCCAGAGUGGCACAACAUCAGCUUUGAGGUGGACACAACCAGACUAGAACAGUCAGAGAACCUUGACGAGAACCAGCGGAACCUUCUCCAGAUCACAGACCGGUUCUUCCUGGCCAUUAUCAACUCCUCCAGCGAGUUCCCGCCACAGCUACGCAGUGUGUGUCACUGUCUCUACCAGGCUACUUGCCACUCUCUACUGACUAAAGCCACAGUUAAAGACAGAAAGGAAAACAAAGAAGCAGUGGUGAGCCAGCGUUUCCCCCAGAACAGUAUAGGGGCGGUGGGCAGUGCCAUGUUCCUGCGCUUCAUCAACCCUGCCAUCGUGUCACCCUACGAGGCAGGCAUCCUGGAUGAGAAGCCCCCACCCAGCAUAGAGAGAGGACUAAAGCUCAUGUCCAAGAUCCUCCAGAGCAUUGCCAACCACGUGUUGUUUACCAAAGAGGAGCACAUGAGGCCUUUUAACGACUUUGUGAAAAGCAACUUUGAUGCAGCCAGGCGGUUCUUUUUGGACAUAGCUUCUGACUCUCCUCCCAGUGACUCAGUCAACCACAGCCUGUCCUUCAUCAGUGAUGGCAACGUUCUGGCCCUCCAUAGGCUGCUGUGGAACAACCAGGAGAGGAUCGGACAGUACCUCUCCAGCAACAGGGACCACAAGGCAGUGGGCAGGCGGCCGUUUGACAAGAUGGCCACCCUCCUGGCCUAUCUGGGGCCCCCCGAACACAAACCUGUUGCCGACACCCACUGGUCCAGCCUCAACCUCACCAGCUCCAAGUUUGAGGAAUUUAUGACCAGGCACCAGGUCCAUGAGAAAGACGAGUUUAAAGCCCUGAAGACCCUCAACAUCUUCUACCAGGCUGGAACCUCCAAGAAUGGCAACCCUGUCUUCUACUAUAUUGCUCGCAGGUUUAAGACAGGCCAGAUCAACGGAGAUCUUCUAAUCUACCAUGUGCUGCUGACCCUGAAGCCUUACUACGCCAAGCCCUACGAUAUCAUAGUGGACCUGACCCACGUGGGUCCCAGCAACCGCUUCAAGACAGACUUCUUGUCCAAGUGGUUUGUGGUGUUCCCGGGUUUCGCAUACAAGAACGUGACGGCGGUCUACGUGUACAACUGCAACACAUGGGUGAGGGAGUACACCAAAUACCACGAGAGGCUGCUGACAGGCCUGAAGGGCAGCAAGCGGGUGCAGUUCAUCGACUCACCGGCACGGUUGGCGGAGCACGUAGAGGCAGAGCAGCAGAAACUCCCAGCAGCCACGCUGGCCCUGGAAGAGGACCUCAAGGUGUUCCACAAUGCCCUCAAACUGGCCCACAAGGACACCAAGGUCUCCAUCAAGGUGGGCUCCACGGCCGUCCAGGUGACGUCAGCAGAGCGUACCCGUGUCCUGGGCCAGUCCGUGUUCCUCAACGAUGUGUACUAUGCCUCUGAGGUCGAGGAGAUCUGCCUGGUGGACGAGACCCAGUUCACCCUGACCAUGGCCAACCAGGGCACACCCCUCACCUUCAUGCACCAGGAGUGUGAUGCCAUCGUCCAGUCCAUCAUCCACAUCAGGACGCGCUGGGAGCUGUCACAGCCAGACUCCAUCCCCCAGCACACCAAGAUCAGGCCCAAAGAUGUGCCGGGUACCCUGCUGAACCUCGCCCUGCUCAACCUGGGCAGCUCCGACCCCAGCCUCAGGUCUGCAGCCUACAACCUGCUGUGUGCCUUAACCUGCACCUUCAACCUGAAGAUCGAGGGCCAGCUGCUGGAGACCUCAGGCCUGUGUAUCCCUGCCAACAACACCCUCUUCAUAGUCUCCAUCAGCAAGACGCUAGCAGCCAACGAACCACACCUCACCCUGGAGUUCCUGGAGGAGUGCAUUUCCGGCUUCAGCAAGUCUAGUAUUGAGCUGAAGCACUUGUGUCUGGAGUACAUGACCCCCUGGCUGCUCAACCUGGUGAGGUUCUGUAAGCACAAUGACGACGCCAAGCGCCAGCGUGUCAUCGCCAUCUUGGAUAAGCUCAUCACCAUGACCAUCAAUGAGAAGCAAAUGUACCCCUCUAUACAGGCCAAGAUCUGGGGCAGCCUCGGCCAGAUAACGGACCUGCUGGACGUGGUGUUGGACAGCUUCAUCAAGACCAGCGCUACAGGAGGCCUGGGCUCCAUCAAGGCUGAGGUCAUGGCCGACACGGCUGUGGCUCUGGCCUCAGGGAAUGUCAAACUGGUCUCCAGCAAGGUAAUUGGCCGGAUGUGUAAGAUCAUCGAUAAGACGUGCCUGUCUCCCACGCCCACCCUGGAGCAGCACCUGAUGUGGGAUGACAUCGCCAUCCUGGCCCGUUACAUGCUCAUGCUGUCCUUCAACAACUCUCUGGACGUAGCAGCUCACCUGCCCUACCUGUUCCACGUGGUCACUCUGCUGGUGGCCACCGGACCCCUGUCCCUCCGCGCCUCCACACACGGCCUGGUCAUCAACAUAAUCCACUCUCUCUGCACCUGCUCCCAGCUCAACUUCAGAGAGGAGACCAAGCAGGUCCUGAGGCUGAGCCUGACAGAGUUCUCCCUGCCUAAGUUCUAUCUGCUGUUUGGCAUCAGUAAGGUCAAGUCUGCUGCAGUCAUCGCCUUCCGCUCCAGCUACCGCGACCGCUCCUUCUCCCCCGGCUCCUACGAGAGGGAGACCUUCGCCCUCUCCUCCCUGGAGACCGUCACUGAGGCCCUGCUGGAGAUCAUGGAGGCGUGCAUGAGGGACAUCUCAGUGUGUAAGUGGCUGGACCAGUGGACCGAGCUGGCUCAGAAGUUUGCGUUCCAGUACAACCCGUCCCUGCAGCCCAGAGCCCUGGUGGUGUUUGGCUGCAUCAGUAAGAGGGUGACCCACGGCCAGAUCAAACAGAUCAUCAGGAUCCUCAGCAAGGCCAGCCCCCUGCUCAGCAUAGACCGGGGGCUGGAGAGCUGCUUAAAGGGACCUGAUAACUACAACAGCCAGGUGUUGAUUGAGGCCACAGUCAUCGCUCUGACUAAGCUGCAGCCCCUUCUCAACAAGGACUCCCCCAUGCACAAGGCAGUGUUCUGGGUGGCUGUGGCUGUGCUGCAGCUGGAUGAACUCAACCUGUACUCUGCUGGGACGGCCCUGCUAGAGCAGAACCUACACACUCUGGACAGCCUGAGAGUUUUCAAUGACAAGAGUCCAGAGGAGGUAUUUAUGGAGAUCAGGCGUCCUCUGGAGUGGCAUUGUAAACAGAUGGACCACUUUGUGGGCCUCAACUUCAGCUCCAACUUCAACUUCGCACUGGUUGGACACCUGCUCAAAGGCUUCAGACACCCGUCGCCCACCACGGUGGCUCGGACAGUGCGUAUCCUCCACACGCUGCUGGCCCUGGUGGGAAAACACCUCAACUGUGACAAGUUUGAGGUCAACACCCAAAGCGUGGCCUACCUGGCAGCCCUGCUCACCGUGUCAGAGGAGGUGCGUAGUCGCUGCAGUCUAAAACACAAGAAGUCUCUGUUGCUGUCUGAGAUGGGCAUGGAGAACGUUCCCAUGGAUACCUACUCUCUGCACCACACUGACCCCAGCUUCAGGACACUGAGAGAGUGCCAGACGUGGGCGUCUCCCAAGGUGUCAGAGCGCUAUCUGAAUGCCUACUACCCCACGGUGGGGCAGAUCAGCCCCCGUACACGCAAGUCCAUGAGCCUGGACAUGGGCCAGGCCUCCCAUGCCAACACCAAGAAGCUGCUGGACUACAGGAAGAGUUUUGAUCACUUGAUAUCCGACUCCAAAGCACCAAAGAGACCAGAGACGGAGUCUGGCGUAACCACCCCGCCUAAGGUGAGGUGUGUGGCCGAGAACGCCUACGAGAUAGACAACCAAAGAAUGGGUCACUCCCACCUCCGCAAGGUGUCUGUGACAGAGUCCAACGUCUUACUGGACGAGGAGGUGCUGACUGACCCCAAAGUCCAGGCCCUGCUGCUCACUGUGCUGGCCACCCAGGUCAAGUACACCACAGACGACUUUGACCAGAGGAUCCUGUAUGAGUAUCUAGCUGAAGCUAGCGUCGUCUUCCCUAAGGUCUUUCCCGUCGUCCACAACCUGCUGGACUCAAAGAUCAACACGCUGCUGUCUAUGUGCCAGGAUACCAACCUGCUGAACCCAGUGCAUGGCAUCAUUCAGAGUGUAGUUUACCAUGAAGAGUCUCCUCCACAAUACCAACCCUCCUAUCUACAGAGCUUCGGCUUCAACGGACUUUGGAGGUUUGCCGGACCCUUCUCAAAGCAGCAAACUCAGAUCCCAGACUACGCUGAGCUGAUUGUGAAGUUCCUGGAGGCCUUGAUUGACCGCUACCUGCCUGGUACAGAGGAGGAGAGGAGCGAGGAGCAGCUCCGUACCCCCACCUCGCCCUACCCCCCCGUCACCCAGAGCCAGCUCAGCAUCACCGCGAACCUCAACCUCUCCAACUCCAUGACCUCCCUGGCCACCUCGCAGCACUCCCCAGCCUCUCUGCCUUGCUCUAAGUCAGCUGUUUUUGCGCCACAUCUCCUCCUCCCAGGCGUGGAUAAAGAGAAUGUGCAGCUCUCCCCCAGUGCGGCUCUAUCCACCAGUGGACGGACCCGCCAUGGCUCUGCCAGUCAGGUGCAGAAACAGCGCAGCGCAGGUAGCUUCAAGAGGCCUUGCGUCAAUAAGAUGGUAUGAGACAAAGAGAUAGGAAGAGAGUGAGAGAUGGAGAGAACAAUAGCCAUCCAAAGGCCCAACAUGCAACACAUCUUGCUGCACUCCUCUUUUUACCCUUUUUGUUUUGGUGUUUUUAUGAUGAAUGGUGAAGUCAACCUGAGGAUCAGUGUUGUAUUGGGGAAGUAGUUGCAUGCGUCUCUGUGUUCUCCUUUGUUUGUCUUGCGUCUGGAGUGUUGCAACACGAGAGAUGGCUUAAGUUGUUAUUCACGUACAGAAAUGUGGUCCCGGUUUUAAAAAUGUAUUUUUAGCCAUUAAAAGGCCUGAAACUGUCAAGGUGACUGAAAUAAGCUGUUGAAUUGUCAAUGAAUCCAGGUCCAUAUAUAAUGUAUUCAGUGUAAGAACUGGACAACAUGAUGUUUGGUGAGUGCUGCAUUGUGUGACAUAGGAAGAUGACUGGGCGAAUCAAUGUGGGCGUCCUUGUUGGACCAUUAUGACAUCAUCGUGCCCAGGGGAGGAAAAGAAAUGGAGGAUUUUGGACCUGUAUACUGAAGGACAGCCUCUUGCCUCCGCUCCAACCCCACGGUCUACUCCAAAACAACCCCACUACCGCCUUCACACAGCAAGGCUGCAGCAGCCAUUCUCCACUUCCAUCUAUGCAGGGUAGCUCAAAUUACCAACCAACGGAUGGAUAAUCAUGCUGUUAGCAAAACCUUCUAUCCACAGUCUUGAAACCUGGAUUUGGACACACAUUAUCAUUUUGAUUCUUCCCAGUUGUGUACAUAUGUAUGUAUAUAGAUGUACAGAAAGGAUAUACAUUAUAUAACUAGUCCAAAUAAUAAUACUAAUAAUUGGGUUGUUUUAUCCAUGGUGUGCCUUCGUCAGGGUUUUCCAAUGUGAAUAAUUAUGUGUGAAAUAAAGAAGCCUUUCUUGGGGAAAAGAACAGGUACUAAUCAUCGACUAUUAUGUUGACUCUCUGUAGAGCUGCUCGUUAACUGUAUGUCAUGAUAGUCAAAUGUACAAUCACCAAUAAUACCCUGCUGCCUGGAAGUAUUUAACCUGUACAGAUGGAUAGUCCUCACUAAAUAUUGAAGUUAUUCCUUUUGAAACGUUUGCCAUGCAAGAAUAUGAAUUUCAAGACACUAGAUAAGACUACGCAACCUUGUAAAUAUUGAAAGGCCUUUAUUGAGUUGUAUCAUGUUUUCUCUAUAUUGCAUUUGGAUUCGUUUACAGUUCCGACCGUGACUAGGAAAAUUAAGUAAUGUGCACAAAAAUUGCCAAAACCCAUCACUAAUAGCAACUAUGUGAAUACUUAAAUUGUCAUGACAUUGAUCACAAUAUUUAAAUCUACCACCUGUCUAAGAUUAUUCUUAAAUAAAGGUUAAAUAAGUUAAUUUGUUUAGUUAAAGGUUCAAUUUAGGUUAAAGGUGAAAUAAAAAAGUAAAGCAUUAACAAAAAAAAGUUAAAUAAAGGUUUAAUUUAAAAUAAA